AUUUGACACUGUUCCUACCUUCGAUCACAACGUAGCCCCUCACCAUCUGCCAAAAAAAAGCAGUAUAAUUUGGGCUUGAAGGGAAGUCUGACAUACAAAAUCUGUGCUGUUUGACCGCUGUAGCGUGGCGAUCUCAACCCAUUUUCAGCUUUAUUUCAUGCAUCAAGACAGUUCAUUCAAGGCUUCUUCACCCUGUGACCUCUGACAUCUGACCUCUGACCUACGAGCUUAGCGAGGGCUGGGCCAUGGCUCUGAAGAGGCUGGUUUCGUUUGGGAAACAGCUCCUGCGGGUGAAGGUGGUGGACUGCAACACGGAGGACUCGCGUCUGGCCCGUUGCCUCAACACCUUCGACCUAGUGGCCCUGGGUGUGGGCAGCACACUUGGCGCCGGGGUGUACGUGCUGGCGGGGGCGGUCGCUCGCGAGAACUCCGGCCCCGCCAUCGUCCUCUCCUUCUUCAUCGCCGCGCUGGCGUCGGUGCUGGCGGGCCUGUGUUACGCAGAGUUUGGGGCUCGCGUCCCCAAGACGGGGUCAGCGUACCUGUACAGCUACGUGACUGUGGGCGAGCUGUGGGCCUUCAUUACAGGCUGGAACCUCAUCCUGUCUUACGUCAUAGGUACAUCCAGUGUGGCCCGAGCAUGGAGUGCCACAUUUGAUGAACUUAUUGGGAAGCACAUCGAGCAGUUUUGUCGUCAGUACAUGGCCAUGAGUGCACCAGGUGUCCUGGCUGAGUACCCAGACAUGUUCGCCGUGUUGAUAAUCUUCACCCUGACAGGCCUGUUGGCCUUUGGUGUGAAGGAGUCUGCCAUGGUCAACAAGGUGUUCACCUGUAUCAACGUGCUGGUGCUGCUGUUCAUGGUCAUCUCUGGCCUGGUGAAGGGAACGCUGAAGAACUGGCACUUGGUGCCUGAUGACAUCUUCAACAGUACCUACUCCUCCCUCAAUGUGUCGGAGCCGUUGCCAUCGAAGGAGAGCCUGGGCCAAGGAGGAUUCAUGCCCUUUGGAUUCACAGGGGUCCUGUCAGGCGCAGCCACGUGCUUCUAUGCCUUUGUGGGGUUCGACUGCAUCGCCACCACAGGGGAAGAGGUGAAGAACCCUCAGAAGGCCAUUCCCAUCGGGAUUGUGGCGUCCCUUCUGAUCUGCUUCGUGGCAUAUUUUGGCGUGUCGGCCGCUCUCACGAUGAUGAUGCCCUACUACAUGCUGGACAAAAACAGCCCCAUUCCCGCGGCUUUCAAGUACGUAGGCUGGGAGGGGGCGACCUACGCGGUGGCUGUGGGCUCCCUGUGCGCGUUGUCCACAAGUCUCCUGGGCUCCAUGUUCCCCCUUCCCCGAAUUAUCUUUGCCAUGGCCAGAGACGGUCUGCUCUUCUCGUUUCUGGGGCGGUUGAGCGAGAGGAAGACGCCCAUCGCCUCCACCAUGGCGGCAGGGUUCAUUUCUGCGGUCAUGGCCUUCCUCUUUGACCUCAAGGACCUGGUUGACCUCAUGUCUAUCGGUACUCUGUUGGCCUACACUCUGGUGGCAGCCUGUGUCCUUGUUCUCAGGUACCAACCAGAGCAGCCGAACCAGGCGUACCAGAUGGCUAACACGCAGGAGGACAUAGAGCUGAGCGAGUCCAUCGGUGCGUCCAGCACCAGCAUGCUCGGCGAGGAACGCUUCAGUGCCAAGACCCUGCUCUUCCCGGAGAACGUCGAGCCUACCAGUCUGUCUGGCUUCUCUGUCAACAUCUGCGCCAGCGUGCUCGGAUUAUUGAUUCUGGCCUUCUGCAUAUUGGCAGUUCAGGGCGGGGUGAUGCCGUGGAACGUGGCAGUGCUCAGCAUUCUGGCAACAGCGUGCCUGUGUCUAACCCUUAUUAUUUGGAGGCAACCUGAAAGCAAGACCAAAUUGUCCUUCAAGGUACCCCUUCUGCCCUUUCUCCCAGUGAUCAGCAUGUUCGUCAACGUGUACCUGAUGAUGCAGCUGGACCGGGGCACCUGGGUCAGAUUUGCUGUCUGGAUGACCAUAGGGUUUUUUAUAUACUUUGUUUAUGGCAUCCGACACAGUACAGAGGCCGCACUGGCACGCUCCAGCACUGAGGCCGACCUCAUUGGGUACAAGCCAGCCUGCACACUCAAUGGGGACCCCAUUGCCCCCGAAAAAGAGGCCUUUAUCUGCAACGGGCUUGAUGCCGCAGAAGAGGAAGAUGGAGAUCUCUAAGGAUCCGGGGGUUUGCUACUGUCACUGCCAUCCGCUCGACAAGCUUUGUUUCAAGUGUGCCGCGAUGCUUGCAGCAUAGGCCUGGCAUUUUUAUUUUUAAUAUUUAUAGAAAAAUCUGUCUUGCAAAUGGAAGGGAACCCGUUGUUUUGCCCAUCACAGCUGCUCACGUAAAUACAGAGAUGGGAAGGGUCUAUUCUCCAGGCGCUUGUGGCUACUAAAUCGCUUUGCUACAGCAUCCUGACGGCUGUUGUUGGUGUAGCUUCUUGUUUGUUUUAUUUUCAGUUGCCAAGAAACCAAAAAUUAAAACAGUACUUUAAUCUAUUGGGUAGGGGAGGUGGGGAUGGCCAUUUUAAAGCUGCAGAUUUGGCCAAUUUUUUGGUCUGAUCUGGAGGUCAGCUGCUUUGAACAGAACACUCAGCGUGAAGUGUAAUGGCUGUUCCUAUCCAUUGAUUUUAUGAUAUGCUUUCGUUUGGAAGCUUUGAGCAUGGCCCAGUUAUCUGUUCAGUGGAUUACAUACCUCUUUUUGGGGUAGGGUUAGGGGAUGGGUAAGGUGGUGGCCUCUUUUUCCAGUGAUCCUGAAAAGCUGCAAAACUUACAGCUUACCAUAAGUGUAUGGGUAAAAUGACCCUUUAGCAACUUUGCUUCUUCGCUCUAGCGAGGAAUAAAAGCAAAAUAUAUUUUAAAAAAUGCAAGAAAUCAAUGGAUGAAAUCUCUGUCUGUAUGGUGGCUGAUUUAAGUGCUGUAACAAACCGAGACAUUCACAAGUAGACAGGGUAGGUGCAUUGACCUAUGAAUGGAACUGAAUAGUACAUUUGUGAGUUUUCAUAAGUUUAUAAUCUUUGGAGACUCCCCCUAGCCCAACAUAGGUGGUACACACAUGCCCCCCACAUAUCAAAUAAUAUAUUUUUCUACAAAUUAAUAUCCUACAGAUUUAAUAAAGUAAAUAUUUGAAAGUUUUUCAUAGUCACCUGUCACCAUCUUCAUGAAGAUGAGGGCAUAUAUUAGUACAAUAGUUUUAUACUAAUAAAAAAAGUUUUAACAGAACUGAGAUAACUUUCUGGGACUAAAAACCUUUACCAACCCAUCUUAAAAAAUGUUGAAAGAGUAACCCAGAAACCUGUUCUUCCUAUUUUUGUACAAUAAUAUUCCAAUUAGCGCCACCUGGUGAUAUUGCCCAAAGAGAGCCCCUGAUCUCAGGGAGCUACUGAGAUGAUACAUAUUGAGAACAGUGCUGGAUUCUGUCACUCAGUAAAGCCACACCAGUAGAUGUCGACUUCUUGGUUUGUGUUUCUUUGUUGCUCUUUUUGCAAAUUAUAAUUUUUAGUUUUUUUGAAUCCCUUCUUUCUCCAAAUGUGGAAUGCAGAGUUAUAGUCCUAAACUGAGCUCCUUAUUACAACCUCCUCUUCUUCUCUCCAAAAUGCAGUGUCAACCACUGCCUCUCCUCGUUCUUCAGUCCAGUUGAGUUACAUGUGUUGUUCGUGCAAGGGGUCACUGGGGCACGAGACACAAGACAUGACCUAGAAUCUGUUUGUCGUGUAGCGAUUGUGGUUCGAGCAGGUGUAGUACUAUAUAUUUUCCACGUUGUUGUAGAGGUUAUUGUGGACUUGAUCUUUAGGUGGUUGAAAAUCAAGGUCAUUUACAUCCCGAACAAAGGUUUUUCUAUUAAAUCUUCAGUGUCAUGCUAACAGUAGAAAAAGCCUGGAGAGUGGAGGUAGCCGUAGCUUGUAAAAUAAAUAAAAAACAUGAAUUAAUUAUUUGUGUAUAAAUAUACCUUGCUCUAUGCACAAGACAUUUUCUGUACAUAAAAUUUUGUUUAUAUUUUCUUGUGGUAAAUUAUUUGUAAAUUGCAAACAUGCAUUUUUAUUUUAAAAAAAAGCAGUUGUUUGCUAAAUGUCUUGAGACUGUCAGUGCUGGUGAAUGGUCUGUGUAGAGCAAAGGUGUCAGAAUCCAGUCCUGGAGGGCCACAGUGCCUGCUGGCUUUUGAUGUAUUUCAGUACUUCAUUCAAGCCAUUGACUGGCUAGAGUCCACGUACCUUUUUCUCAAGGUUGCAAAAUGAAAGGAAAUCAUAAAAACCUGGAGACACUGACCCUCCAGGACUGGAAUUUGACACCACCUAUGUGUAUGAUUAAAAAUGUAAGUAACCUGAUUCUUGACUUGGUACUUGGUCAUGUACUGAAUGUUACAUGUAAAAAUAUUUUGUCUGUUUGUGAGAGUAUUGUCUAAAAUAGCUGCAUUUCUUACACAAACCUGGGAUGCACCAGAUCCCUGAAGGCUAGAACCUUCAUCAUUUUGCACUAGUGUAAGAUAACCUUGACGUGUGACAUAUGCACCCAUGCAAUGUGAGCAAUAUCUCAUUUGCAGGAAGGUUAGGAUUGUACCCCUGUACGACUCGCUGCGGUACCUUUACUUUCACAUGUGCCUUGAAUACACAUAUUAAAAUUAGGCCUUUUUUCAAAGAAGAAAUGUGAGCCCUGCUUUUGCUCUUGAAAUAUGGUACACCUGCCCAAGCUUUUAGACACACUGUAAGUGCAUUGGCAGCACAAAUGGCAGUGUAGCUGACUGUGACACGAGUGUCUCAUUCUGUUUGGCAGGUAUUUUUUUACUCUUUGAUGGAAACAGCAAUAUUUAACAAGUUAUGCGCCAAAGGAAAAUAUAUCAUAUCACUUGUAUUUUUUCAGAAUCCAUAAAAGCAACCUUGUUUGGAGUGACUUUGGAUGUAAUAUGGCCCCACUAGCUCAUGUAAGUGAUUUGUAUGUGGCCCUGAUGCAACUAACUCAGAUUGAGGGUCAUGUAUGAUGUAGAAUAAUGCUUGAGUGCAAAGAAAGUUCUGUGUGUCCCUAUAUGUGUCAUAUCUGGAGAAUUGGAACUGAAUCAGAAUGUAUUUUUGCCUCUAAUGCAAUGAAUCAAAAGGCUAAACAUGACAGUGUAAAGUGUAUGUAAUGUACAUCAGUUUGAGUUUUACUCUGUUUUUGGACCAUUUCUAAUGUCAUAUUUUGGUGUCUUUGUAUUUGUACAUAAUGCUAACACUUUACAUUGGAGCACUGUGUGUGAGUGUGUGUGUGUGUAUUUACACUCAGUGAUCACUUUGUUGUGUAGACCUGUAUACUAGCUUGUUAAUGCAAAUACUUAAUUAGCCAAUCAUGUGGCAGCAACUAAAUACAUAAAAGCAUGCUAACAAGAGGUUCAGCUGAUUUUCAGACUAAAUGUCAGAAUGGGGAGGAAAUGUGAUCUAAGUGACAUUUGACCGUGGAUUGAUUGUUUGUGCCAGACCGGGUGGUUUGAGUAUCUCAGAAACUGCUAAUCUCUUGGGAUUUUCACGCAGAACAGUCUCUAUAGGGAAUGUCUUCAGAGAAUGGUGAAAAAAACUAAAAAUAUCCAGUGAGUAGCAGUUCUGGAGGGUGAAAUGCGUUGUUAAUGAGUGUGGGGAGAGGAGAAGGGCCAGACACAAAGCUGACAGGAAGGUGACAGUAACGCAAAUAACCACAGAUUACAACAGUGGUAUGCAAAAGAGCAUCUCUGAACACACAAGGUGUCAAACCUCUUAGUGAAUAGGCUACAGCAGCAGAAGAUGUAAUAGGCCUUACUAAUGUCUAAUACUAUGAGAAAAUACUUUAGAAAAGUGCUCACUGAGUGUAUAUGCAGUCUGUAAGUAUUUGAAUAUUUCUGUUUUUGGCUCUGUACUCUAGCAUAUUGAACUUGACGUUAAACAAUGAAUAUGAUAUUAGGUGGCAUGGAUGGUGCAGUGGGUACUGGCGGACUGGCGACCUGUCCAGGGUGUAUUCUUGCCUUUCGCCCAAUGUAUGCUGGGAUAGGCUCCAGCCCCCCUGUGACCCUGUUCAGGAUAAGCGGGUUAGGAUAAUGAAUGAAUGAAUUAAUUAAUUAAUUAAUAUGAUAUUAAAGUGCAAGCUGUCACCUUUAAUUUGAGGGUAUUUACAUCCAUGUCAGGUGAUCUGUUAUACAUCCUUUUUAUGCAUAGUCCUCCCAUUUUAGGGGACCAUUUAAGUGGCUUCUCAGCUGUCAACUCUGAUUAGUCAGAUGUAUUCUUUAGUGCAGGUAUAGUAUAAGAAAGCUUUCAGUAUGUAGUCUUGAUUCUAGGCUUUCGAUUGCAUUUGGAGUCUGUUAUUGGUAUUUGUUAACCAGAGAACGAGCCAUUAUGAGCCUGAGAAAUAAUAAGCAAAAACUGUCGGAGACAUAGGCCAAACAAUAGACUUGCCAAAAUAAAUUGUUAACCUCAUAUUCAUUGUUUCAUUUAAUAUCCAUUGUGCUGGAGUACAGAGCCAAAAGUACAGAAAUUGUACAACUGUCCCAAUACUUAUGGAUUGCACUAUAUAUUUACACGCACAAUACAUGAAUUAACCAAAUGACAAUAUACCUAUAGGUUUAUGUAUACACCCUUUUUAUCAUUGAAAAAUUUAAAGAAUUACAUAUUGUUACUAGUUUAUACUGUAUAGCCUAUAAAGCAUUAAUAUAUGGAGCAAAAUAUCACUCUGAAGUGUUCUUAUUUCUCUGUAAAUAUCAGAAAAGUGUUACUUACAUGUAAUUGGUGCUGUAAAUAAACAAUUAUUUCCAUGA